AACUCUCAUGACUUAAGUAUACAACAUUGUAAAAUCAUAUCAUGUGGAAGAUCAAAAUGUUGAGUUUUAUUUAUUAUACAACACGAUAUGUGUUACGCAUGAUAAAAAAGUUCUAAAUUGCUCACAUGUGUCUGCCAAGUCUCUUGCACACACGUGUGUGUGCCUUACUAUUCUAUAGAUCGAGAGUUGCACGAUUUUCAAGUUUACGCGUGUAUAGUUAGUCACAGAAAGAUUGCGCAAUUACUCGUGCAAACGUCAAUGUGCAAGUUAGCUAGAAUGCGAGUGUGACAGUGGAAAAGUUGCGAGUAUGCGAGGUUGCAAGUGCGUAAACGGGAGUAAAGGAAAGUAAGGAAAAAAGGCAGAAAAAAGAUUGCAAUACUUUUCUUUCUAUAAGUUUCGGGACGCAUUCUAUGGCUAAUAGGAAAAUUAAUUCUUUUAUAGUUUUGAAAAACUUUUUUUUUUAAUUUUUCUGCGAAAACCAAAGAAAAUCGCGGAAAAAAGAGCUCUCUCCGAACAUUAGAAACUAGAGUUUUUUAAUCAUUUUUCAAAGAUUUCAUUUCAUUCAACAUUUUCCUAUUGGAUACAAGAGAUGCAUUGCGAAACUUGUCGAAAAAAGUAUUUCAAUUCUUUUGUGGCAUAUGCAUAAUAAGAUCGAAAUCGCACGGACAAACUCGAAUUAUAAUGGCGAUAAUUGCAACGAUUUCGACUUUAUAUGUGUACAUGUAAGACUGUGAAAGUCGUAUAAACUUUCGAUCCAGAGAAUGGUAUGGCAUAUGUGACGUCGUGCGUACGGAAUUUCUCUGAAAUAUCAGUGAACAUAAGACUGUGACAUAUGAUUAAUUUGUGAUAAAUGAGUAAUUUGAAUGAAUUCUGAUAAGAAUUAAAUUGUUAUUCACAAAUUUCUCGGUGUGUACCAUUCUUACAUUUUUCUACACGUGCUCAAAAACGGAUAGCACUAUUCGAAUCGACAUUUCCUCUGAUGUCAUGUGUCCUAUCUCGAGUAAUAAAUAGUAAAACGGAGCAAUCGCGCGACGCGAUUCAUUGUUUCCAUGGUGAUGUUUCUUCGAUCAUACCAAUCGUGUCAUGCACCAAGUUCUUCCCAAGUUUCAUCAUUAUCUACAGCAUUGCUCGUUGACAUAUUCCCGUAAUAUUUUAUGAGAAUAUAUAUUAAAAUAAAUGGCGACCGCGAUCAAGGACCGUACGAUUCCAACCAUUGACACGUUGGUGAAAUACGAUACUCCGAUUUUGAUCACGACUCAUCCUGAAAAGGUGCGUAAAGAACCAAUUCCGAAAAUUAGCGCAACUGCUUGCAAAAUCCAAACAACAUUCCCAGCCGAUGUACGACGGGAAACUAUUGAGAUUCUAAACAGAAUUUUGCCGCCGAAAGAAUGGGAGGAGGACGGCCAGAUAUGGUCCCAAUGUGUAUCAAGUACUCCCGCCACAAGGCUAGAUGUGAUAAAUUUACAAGAGCAGCUUGACAUGCGAUUACAACAGAGACAAGCCCGAGAAACUGGCAUUUGUCCUGUUCGCAGGCAGCUUUAUACACAAUGUUUCGAUGAAUUGAUACGACAAGUCACCGUAAAUUGCGCCGAACGUGGGCUGCUUUUACUGCGAGUACGGGACGAAAUUAAGAUGACACUGGCCGCGUAUCAGACAUUGUACGAAAGUAGUAUCGCUUUCGGAAUGCGUAAGGCGCUGCAAGCCGAGCAAGGUAAGGAAGAUCUGAUUAGCACGGCGGAAGAAUUACAGUUACAGAAAGUCGAAUUGGAGAAGGCGAUCGCGGAGUUGAGGCUCAAGUUCGAUCAAGCCGAGAGGAGAUCGGCUGAAUUGCGGGAAGCGGAAGAAAAGAAGCACACGGAAGAGGUGCAGUUUCUCAAGAAAACGAACUUGCAACUGAAGACUCAGUUGGAGGGUAUCAUAGCGCCAAAAAAAUAAGAGACUGGAAGGCCAAUGUGAUUCGAAAGAAUUUGCACGACGAAUUGCAAUAUUUUUCUACGGAUUAUGUAUCGCAUUUCUAUGUGCGUGUAUGUGUGUGUGAGUGUUAAGUUGCUAAUAGUUAACGGAUCUUAACGAAAGAUGUAAUCGUUCAAGUAGGAUUAGAAAAUCUGCAUAGAACUCCAAUAAAUGCACUACGAAUAAA